AUGUCUCGUUCAGGAUUGGCUGAAGCUGAACCGGGCCUAGACGCUCAAUUCGCUCAAUUCUUUGCUCGCAUGAGAGAGAAUGUCGCUACAAAUGCUGAUCCUCAGAAGAUUGAAUCGCUCUACAGGACAUUUCGACAAUCUAUACGGGAGAAACUAGCCAAUGACAUUGAUACCGUAUCUACAGUCAAACAACCUGACGUUGAUUCGGCUCUAUUGGAGAUAUACACCCUAAGGGAAGCAUACACGACGCUCAACCGGUUGGCAAAGGCUCAUUCUGAUGCUAUGAAGACUGUCAAUGCUACAGAAGCAGAGCUUGCCAAGUUCUUUCAGGACAGAGCAACAUUUUAUCCACCCCAAACACGCCUCACAGAGAAUCUCAGAAUAUUAGCAGACCAUUACACACAAUCGACAGUUGAUAGACAGCCAUUGAUAUCGUCUUUAGAAUCCUUUUCAGAACAUGCAGAUACCUUCUUGAAUAAGGGUAUAGAAGAUACUUGGGAGUCUGCCAAAAAGCAAGAGAAUUCAAGACUGGAAUAUGAAGGAUUUGUUGCCAAAUAUCAAGGCUAUCAAGCACGAGCUGCCAAAUGGAAUAGACCAACACCACGCCCAUUCCCACACACAGAAGCAGAAGCCUCCCAAAUCCAAGACUCGAAAGAACCCGUAAAUCAUUCCUUAUAUCAGUGCGUCCAAUCAAAGCGGAAAUACGUACAACUAUCAAAAGACAUUCUCGAAAAGAAGAAACUACUCGAAUGGGCAACACAAUCAGCACUAUCGGACCAAGUCAACAAACUAAUCGUAAACAGAAGUAAAGUGCUUACGAAAAUCGGGACAUAUUACGGUAAUGGCAGAUUACAGCCUUCGACUGCUCCAGCUUUGAAUGCCGGCGAAUGGGUCGAUGAAUCGCCAAUGCAAUCAAACAGGUCGUCGCUUGCUGCUCAGAGUCCGUUGGGGUAUACCUCUAGUUCUCAUACGUAUUCGCCGCCAAGUAUAUCGAAUGAGAAUUUCAUAGUGAAUACUAAUAGGCGGGAGUCAGAAGACUCGGAUAACGGGGAGUCGAAUGUGGAGAACAUACCUACUAUAUAUCAGCAGAGGCAAUAUAGUAGUUGGAAGUGA